GGCAGGGCGCGGAACUGCUGUUAGCAGCAUGUCGAAGGAAGACUGACACUCAGACAGUUAGCUACACACACAUAACUUAAUAAUUCAAAUACCUGUGGAUUAGAUUAAAUACCAAAUUCACCCAACGACAUCUCGGACGCUUAUACAGUUUGUUUAUGGGUGUUUUCGGAAUGUUUGAACUUCCCUCACAUUUUUCCCAACGUAUUUUCACGAAGGGAGGCGACGGUGGAGCGCUCGGCAGCCAUCUUUGGGACCUGCCUGGGAGUGGGAUCUGAAUACUGUGGCAACCUUAGUGACUUCAAAGCUCUGAACACAUAUGAAACCACUGUCCUGCAGAUGAGCCAACAGUGGGGGCUUUCAGGUCGCUGUCGCAGACCCAGAUAGUUCCUGGCGUCAGCGGCAUUGCCCCCCAACUCCCCAUUAUGCCCAACAGCAAUCGGGCGGGGAGCCUCAAGGACCCCGAGAUUGCUGAACUUUUCUUCAAGGAGGAUCCCGAAAAGCUCUUCUCAGAUCUGCGUGAAAUUGGACAUGGCAGCUUUGGCGCUGUAUAUUUUGCACAGGAUGUGCAGACAAAUGAUGUGGUGGCCAUCAAGAAGAUGUCUUAUAGUGGGAAGCAGUCCACGGAGAAAUGGCAAGACAUAAUCAAGGAGGUGAAAUUUCUGCAGAGAAUACAACACCCAAACACCAUAGAAUACAAAGGAUGUUACCUGCGAGAGCACACAGCUUGGCUUGUAAUGGAGUAUUGUCUGGGCUCAGCUUCAGAUUUGUUAGAAGUUCACAAGAAACCUCUGCAAGAGGUUGAAAUAGCGGCAAUUACCCAUGGUGCUCUUCAAGGUUUGGCUUAUCUUCACUCCCACAACAUGAUUCACCGAGACAUAAAGGCAGGAAAUAUCCUCCUGACAGAGCCAGGUCAAGUAAAACUAGCAGACUUUGGCUCUGCAUCUAUUGCCUGUCCUGCUAACUCCUUCGUUGGGACCCCAUAUUGGAUGGCUCCAGAAGUAAUUUUAGCUAUGGAUGAGGGUCAAUAUGAUGGAAAGGUGGACAUUUGGUCGUUGGGGAUAACCUGUGUUGAAUUAGCCGAGAGGAAGCCUCCACUGUUCAACAUGAAUGCAAUGAGUGCCUUAUACCAUAUAGCACAGAAUGAGAGCCCCACACUGCAGUCAACUGAAUGGACGGAUUAUUUCCGAAACUUUGUAGAUUCUUGCCUUCAGAAAAUUCCUCAGGACAGGCCAAACUCGGAGGAGCUUGUAAAGCAUGCAUUUGUCCAGCGUGAGCGACCAGAAUCAGUUCUUAUAGACCUGAUAAAUCGGACUAAAGACGCAGUCCGGGAGCUAGACAAUCUGCAGUAUCGUAAAAUGAAGAAGAUCUUGUUUCAGGAAGCCCACAAUGGCCCCACAACUGAGGCGCAAGAUGAAGAAGAGGAGCCAGAACACAUUGUGGGUAGAACGGGCAGUGUGGGGAGCAACCAGUCCAUUCCCAGUAUGUCGAUCAGUGCCAGUUCUCAGAGCAGCUCCGUCAACAGUCUAGCAGAUGUGGGCGAUGACAGGAGCGAGGUGGACAUGGAUGGAGACCACACAGUGAUGUCCAACAGCUCUGUUAUACAUCUCAAACCUGAGCAAGAGACAUGCAGUGAAGUGACAGAGCCUCACAACCGACCAACAGAGCCACAGUCCUCUACUGCACACACACCACGGCCAAGGCGAAAUCGUGAACAUUUUGCUACUAUACGCACAGCUUCCGUGCUCACUCGCCAGAUUAAGGAGCAUGAGCAGGAUUCAGAGUUAAGAGAGCAGAUACUGGGCUACAAGCGCAUGAGGCGGCAGCAUCAGAAACAGCUGAUGGCUCUUGAAAACAAGCUGAAGGCCGAAAUGGAUGAGCACAGGCUCCGACUGGACAAGGAACUGGAGAAUCAGAGGAAUAGCUUUGCCCAAGAGUUGGAAAAGCUGAUCAAGAAACAUCAGGCAUCCAUGGAGAAAGAUGCAAAAACCUUUAGCAAUGAUGAGAAGAAGUUCCAGCAGCAUAUCCAGAGUCAGCAAAAAAAAGAGCUUAACAGCUUCCUGGAAUCCCAGAAACGGGAAUACAAACUUCGCAAAGAGCAACUGAAAGAGGAGCUGAAUGAAAACCAGUCAACACCCAAAAAAGAAAAGCAGGAGUGGUUGUCCAAGCAGAAGGAGAACUUCCAACACUACCAAGCAGAGGAGGAGGCCAACUUACAGCGCAAACAAAGACAGUACCUGGAACUGGAGUGUCGCAGGUUCAAAAGGAGGAUAUUAAUCGCUCGCCACAAUAUUGAACGAGACCUAGUGAGAGAGGAGUUAAAUAAGCGUCAGACACAAAAGGACUUGGAACAUGCCAUGCUUCUCCGGCACCAUGAGUCCAUGCAAGAGCUGGAGUUCCGCCAGCUCGGCACUAUCCAGAAGACGAGGGCCGAGCUGACCCGCCUGCAGCAUCAAACGGAGCUCACCAAUCAGCAGGAGUACAACAAGCGGAGGGAGAGGGAACUAAGGCGCAAACAUGUCAUGGAGGUUCGCCAGCAACCCAAGAGCCUCAAGUCCAAAGAGCUACAGAUCAAGAAGCAGUUCCAGGACACGUGUAAGAUCCAGACCAGGCAGUAUAAAGCACUGAGGAACCAUCUGCUGGAGACCACACCAAAGUCAGAGCACAAAGCUGUCCUUAAACGGCUGAAGCUGGAGCAGCACCGCAAACUUGCCAUUUUGGCUGAACAGUAUGACCACUCCAUCAAUGAAAUGCUUUCCACUCAAGCGUUGCGUCUGGAUGAGACUCAGGAGUCUCAGUGCCAAGGCUUAAAAAUGCAGCUACAGCAGGAGCUGGAGCUUCUCAAUGCUUACCAGAGCAAGAUCAAGAUGCAGACUGAUGCCCAGCAUGACCGUGAGAAGAAGGCUCUCGAGCAAAGGGUGUCACUACGUCGGGCCCUGCUGGAGCAAAAGAUUGAGGAAGAGAUGCAAUCCUUGCAGAAUGAACGCCUAGAACGAACCCGAAGCCUAUUGGAACGCCAAGCCAGAGAAGUUGAGACUUUUGACUCCGAGAGUAUGCGCUUGGGUUUCAGCAACAUGGUGCUAUCUAACAUCUCAUCAGAGGCUCUCAACCAUAGCUAUCCUGGCGCUCCAGGAAUUUGGAGUCACCAUCAGCAACUGCACCCAUCCGGAAGCUCUCAAGGGCCACACUGGGGCAGCCAUGGUUUACGCGCAAGAUCAAGUCUCCAAGGCAGCCAUCACUACUAUCGCUCAAGUCAAGGAGGGGCACCUAUGCAUCAAGGCUGGGAGCAGGGCAUGCAGGGUGGAAGCCCACCACCAUGGGGCCACCCAUCAGCUGCAGCUGUGGUCUCUCGCAGCAGUGGGGGUAUACAGAACAGUCCCCAGGCAAUGGGGAGGACACCCUCAGGAGGGCGCGGUGAGCAGGGUAUGAGCAGGAGUACUAGUGUCACCUCUCAAAUAUCCAACGGGUCACAUCUUUCCUACACAUAGGCUUCCUGUCAGCCUUGGAGUCAGUUUGACUGGAGAUGUAGAACCCAUCUGAUACAGCAGGACAGAGUUGUCUCUGUGACACCUACCCCACCAUUUUUCCCAUGUACAGACGUGGAUGUGUGAUGAAAUAAAUAUUGCUCAGGUCAAAAGGGCUGGUAAGAGGCACAGCCCGUCCUCAAGGCAGUUCAUCAGCACACACACAGAACCUUAAAUUUAUGUUACAUAAGCAAUUUAAGUGUCAACACAUUGAUCCCCUUUGCAUUCAUUUACAGUUCACUCAAACAUUUUUAACAUGCAUUUUGCUAUCCACAGCCAUUGCUCUCAUUUUGCACAAAAAACACUUAAGACAUGUCAGAGUUUUUUUUUUUUCUUUUCUUCUUCACGUCCUUAAAAAUGUACUAUCAAACAAUUGCAUUAAACUUAUUUUGGUUCAUGAACCUCAUCUUCUACUACACACACACACACACAGUAAACCUAACAGGAUUGCUUUGCUGCUGUCCUACCAGCCUGCUGUAAUGGUCAUUAUUAUACAUUAGAUUCCAUCUUUUAUUCAAUUGUUUUAUUUAACCUUAUUUUCUGAUUCCUAACAACAAUGAGACUUUACAAACACAGAACCAAACAAACCCAUGUUAACCAUUUCAGACUUGGGUUACCACUAACACUGUGCCUUUUCAGCUUUGAGCUAAUUAAAUUUAGUUUCAUUUUGAAUUUCAUCAUCCAUUUGUGAUUAGUACAAGUGUAUGUUUUAGUUCAGGCUGUUUUAACACCUGGGAGUUUAGUUCCACAUUCCCCAGAUAUUUCUGCAGGAAUUUUAGAUUUACAGAAUAUGCAGUGAAGUUGUUUUGUAUUAUAAAUGUUGAGAAAGAGAAAAUUAUUUGUGCAUAUUAGUAACUAUUUUUAUGACUGUAUACUUUAGGUGCACUCUUUGAAAACUGUGCAGAAGAUGUCACUUUGCAUUCACAGAAGGAGUUUUACAGGAAUUGGAAACUCAUUGGCCUUUAAGAAUAAUCCUAGUGCUAAUUUCUUUAUUUUUUAUUAGUGCCUUUUGUAACUGCUGCCUUUUUCAAAGCACUUUAAUGUUAUAAAAUGAGUGUGUGACUUCUUUUUGCAAAGCUCCUGGUGAAUGAAUGUUUCAUUGGUACGCAUGUAGAAAAGUCAAACUUACCUGUGCGGUGAUAUUUAGGAGCUUUCUUGCAAGUACAGAUGAGGCUAAGUGUAUGUAACAUCCAAUAUGUGAGUAAAAGCAAUUUUCCCAAAUCUGUAGCUUUUAUCAUCCUUUUGAGUCUGUAGCGUUUGUUGGUUGUUGCUUUUGUUAGUGUUCAUGUUGGAUUUUGACAACAGUAUAUUAAAGAAGCUGCAGGGUUUUUAGAUGGUUUUGGUCACAAUUUCCACAAUACAAACUAAGAAAGAUUUACUGAUUGGUAAGCAGGUAGCUUGAUUUGAUUGUCAUGACCAUGACAGCAGGCUUGGGGCUACUGAAAUACUUUUGAGAAAACUUUGGGGCCCAAACAAAAAACACUAACGACCUAAAAGGUGCUAAAUCAAAACUGUUACAUGAGCUCAUCAAAACCAAGUUACAAGGAUGACUGAAUCAAGCUUGCAAGAUGAUAUUACAGAGCAAUGCUAAGCUGAAUCCAUGCAUCACAUAAACAGUUAAAUUCAAACUACAGAUGCACUAACAAUAAAACUCUAACAAUAUGUUUUUGCUUCUCCAAUCUCUCCAGUUGUUGAUAAAAUAUUCCUGGACAAGUAUGUGCUCCUUUUAGCUCCCUCUUCAUGCAAGCUAGGUUUUCUAACAAAUAUCAAACUGGUAAAAAGGCAUUUAGAAUAAUUCUGAAGAGAGAAUAAAAUAUUAGGAAUAAAGUGUAUUCCAUUAAAUCUCAAAGUUGAAGCUAAAUGUUAAUUUGUGAGCUUUUUUUUUUAAGAAAAACUAAAUCCACUUUGUCACUAGCCAGCCUUUUUUUUUUUCCAAGUGGUGGUGUGUGGGCAAAGCUCAUUCUCAGAUAUUCUGACUCAAUGCUUCAUAUUGUACCUGUCAUCUCCUUUAAAUGCCACCAUAAAUGCUGCAGUCUGUUCCCCCCUGCUGAGCACCUUUUGAGCAGUUGGUCCUCAUCUUAGUCACAUCCAGAGCUACCUUUUCAGAUGCUGUCUCUGGUGUUUGUUUUUUUUUUUUUUUAAUCUAUAUAUAUUCCUUUCAGGACACAAAAAUGCUGGCAUCCAUUUUUUUCUAUUAAGGUUAAUUUAACCUACAAGAAAUUAGACCAGCGCAAGUAUGCAUUGUAUCAGGUUUUAUUUGAUCCCAGUACUCUUGUUUUUAUGCCUAUGGUUCCAGCCUUCAUGCCUAUAUGUUCCAGCUACUGUAACAACACAGUUUAUGUUGAAUUAUUUUUUGAUUUAUUCAUAUGUGAUCAAGAAACAAGAAUGUACUUUGCAUUACUGGAUUGUUACAAUAAGUCAAAAGCCAAGACAGUCUUUUGAAAGUUAGGUCAAUCAGACCUGUCAUACAUGCCAAGUUUUAAGUUUGUGUUUACUGUUUGAUUCACCUUUAAUGUCACAAGUGUGUCUGAAAGAAUUUGGAUAUUAUUGUCAGUUGUUAGACUUUGCCAUCAAACCUAUAUUUUAUUUUAUUUUUUUUUUUUUACAAUAUUUCACUUUAACUUUGCUGUCAGAUUUUAUCCUACUGACUGAAAGCACGUGGGAUACUGAACAAUAACUGGCAACUGAAUUCAGUGAUUCCUUCUAUGGUCAAACACUGUGCCAUACCCGAGUUGCCAAGCCUCAUCACCACUGCUUUUGUUUCAUCUCAAAAGGUUUUGAUCAUCUUUGGGCUCAUGACAAGAAAUGUAUGUACCACAAAGGCAAGUUGCUUCUGGUCUAGUAGCCAAAGUUAAAAGGCUUGGAAAAUAAUGAUGGGGUGACAGGCAAAAGAUGAAAAGAUUGCAUUUCUUUUAAAAUGUCAGUAUUCUUUGGCACAUUACCACUACAACAAUAACCUGUAUUAAAAUGUAUAGAUGGUGGAGCUUGUUACUGAAUGUCAAAGAGAUUAUGAAGAUACUAUGUAAGAUGAUAAAGUACUAAAAAUGGAUUUAAAAGGUGUUUUAAAAAAAUAGGAUCAAAUUUACUAUAUUGUUUGUAUUGUAUGUACCAUUGUGUUGGCAGAGGGAUAUUGAACAGAAAUCAUCUGUAAUAAAGUAAUUUUAGUAUAA